CAUGCCCGGGCGUCACUUCCGACCCUCCCUCUUGGCUUCCAUCUUGCUCCCCGCGUGUGUGCUCCUGUUUUACCGGGGCUCUUUGGGAAGCCUUUAAACCCGCUCCAUUCCCCGCAUACGCCCGCCUGCCGGCUGCAGAAGAUGAAAGAAAACAUCAUGAAUCAAGAAAAAUUAGCUAAACUGCAAGCACAAGUGCGCAUUGGUGGGAAGGGAACUGCCCGCAGAAAGAAGAAGGUUGUACACAGAACAGCCACUGCCGAUGACAAGAAGUUGCAGUUCUCUCUGAAGAAGCUGGGUGUGAAUAACAUCUCUGGCAUAGAAGAGGUGAAUAUGUUUACAAACCAAGGGACUGUCAUCCACUUCAACAACCCUAAAGUGCAGGCCUCUUUGGCUGCCAACACCUUCACCAUUACCGGGCACGCUGAAACCAAGCAGCUCACAGAGAUGUUGCCCAGUAUCCUGAAUCAGCUUGGAGCAGACAGUCUGACUAGCCUGAGGAGGCUGGCAGAGGCUUUGCCAAAGCAAUCUCUGGAUGGGAAAGCACCACUUGCAACGGGGGAGCAGGAUGAUGAUGAUGUUCCAGAACUUGUUGAGAACUUUGACGAGGCUUCAAAUAAAGAGUCUGUCUGAUUUAACUUAAACCACUGAGAAGCAGUGCUGCUAUUUUAUAUUGUGACUGCUUUAUUUUUGUUCCUCUGUUUUGAACCUAAUGAGAUUAAGUAUUCUUGGAUUUGAAAUCCUUUAUAGCGGCUACCCAAUAAACUGCUUGUGCAGACUAUUUGCCUUUGUGGCUCCGUUUAACUGAACAGUUCUGCAAAUAAGGCUCGACAAUACAAUAAAAAUUCAUGAAAUAUU